AUGGCAAUAGGACGCCCAAGAAAAAUUUGGUCAGAUGAGAUUUAUCAACACUGGCUUGAUCUAAGGUACAAAUACAUGUCCAUAACUCCAGAAAUAAGAAAUUUGCUUCAAACACUUAGUGAUCAGUAUAUUCUUGCUUUAAUUACAAAUGGAACAUCAAAUGCUCAAUGGGAAAAAGUCGACAAACUGAAUAUUCGGCCGUUCUUCGACCUGAUACUGGUCUCCGGUGAUCUUCCUUGGGAAAAACCUCAUUCCCAAAUUUUUCUCGAAGCAUGUCAUCAUCUAAGUAUUGAACCACAUCAAGUGGUUAUGGUUGGUGAUAAGUUGGAGACCGAUAUUUUAGGCAGCAUCAACUCAAAACUUGGCGCAAGUAUCUGGUUACCAUUAAAUAAUGAGAAAUUAUCGAUCCAUGCACCUAAACCAGAUUUUAUUAUUAAGGAAAUUUUAGAUUUACACAAUCUAAUGUCCAAAAUAAAUAUAAUAAAACAGGGAUUUACCUUACAGUUCUGUGAUGUGGAAGACUCGAGUAGUAAUAGCAGCGAUGGUAGCUAG